AUGGCUGCUCAAGGAAAGGGAGGGUUGGACGGUUACAUGUACCCGGCGUGCACACCCUACUCGUACUCCUACCCCUUCCCGCCAGCCGCCAAGGGCAAGGUCACAGCGGGAGGGGGCGCGUGGCGCCACCGCGGCCGAGGCUACUUCCCCGCGCCCUCUUCCGCGGCGGCUGCGGUGGCCGCUGCCUCGUCCUCGUUCCCCGGCUACGGGCAACUCAUGGCGGCCGAGUACUUCGAGAACUAUCAGCGGGCGCAGCUCAUGGCCCUCCUGUCUCAGGUGAGCCCCGGCCUGGCCCCGCGGCCGCGCCGGGCCAGUAGCCGCGACGUGGGGGUGCAGGUGAACCCACGCCGCGACGCGUCGGUGCAGUGCUCGCUGGGGCGGCGCACGCUGCUGCGCAGGGCGCGCGAGGCGGGCUCCGAGGCAGAGGGGGCGCGCGAGGCGGGCUCCGAGGGCGCGGCCUCUCCGCAGCCUGGGCGCCGCGGUCCCGAGCUGGGCAGCCCUCCAGGCGGCGCCCCGCGCGGCGUGCGCUUCCCGCGCACCAUCGCCGUCUACUCCCCGGUGGUCUCCCGCCGCCUCACCACCUUUCUGGAGGGGCCCGAGGCGGGCGAGGGUGAGCACGGGCCGCCCCCGCGGGAAUCCAGCAGGGCUGCGGCCAAAAAGACGUCCCAGUGGCCGCAAUCCGAAGAGGAGGAGGCGGACGAGGCCCAGGUCGCGGUGCGGAAGAGCUGGGAGGACCCGGAGCCGACGGACCGGGCCAAGAAUGAGGAGGACGCAGCCGGCUCGGGCGAGAGAUUGUCGUCGCAGAGCCCCGAGCCGCCCAAGGAGCGCCUGCGCUUCCAGUUCUUAGAGCAGAAAUAUGGCUACUAUCAUUGCAAGGACUGCAACAUCCGGUGGGAAAGUGCCUAUGUGUGGUGCGUGCAGGGCACCAACAAGGUUUACUUCAAGCAGUUUUGCCGAAGUUGUCAGAAGUCCUAUAACCCUUACAGAGUGGAGGAUAUCACCUGUCAAAACUGUAACCAGACCAGAUGCUCCUGCCCAGUAAAACUUCGCCAUGUCGACCCCAAACGGCCCCACCGACAAGAUUUGUGUGGGAGAUGCAAAGGCAAGCGCCUCUCCUGCGACAGCACUUUCAGUUUCAAAUACAUAAUUUAA